GGCAAUUCUGUGUUUGGAUUCCAGGUUCCAUGGCCCACACUAAGUACUUCUCAAGUUUUGUAAGUGAUUGCAUACUGGCUCAAGAUGAGGAGAAAAUGUGUAAAAUCUUGAAAUUCAUGCCCCAGAACAUGUUUGAAAUUCUAUUCAAGGUGGCUUUCAGAAACAAUAAGACAAAGCUGCUGUAUGAACUGUUGAAGAUAUGGCCUCACUCACAACUUAAAUUCCAAAAGCUGCUUCAGACAUGUCCAUUCGAUUCUGGGACUUCUAAGAGAUAUCCUCAGUAUCAGUGGCCACUCACAUAUAAUGAGUCGAACAAAGAUACAAUUGAUGCCAUCGUCUUGGGAGUGUUGGGUUAUAUAAGGAAAGUAAUCAUCUGUGGUGCACAGCAGAUCCCAUGCAGGAGGUUACAACAGCUGGAUAUGACAGGAUUACUUGGUAAAGAUUACCUUUGGAAUUUAAAACUCAUGAGGCUGUGGGCUACCUCAAUUGCUAGAGCGAAAAUCUACAGUAAAUCCUUAGAGAAGAAGACACAUUACUCAGAAAGCCAGGCAAGAAACCAGGUGGCAGAAGGAUCCCCACUUAUGACUUUCCCAGUAGAAGCUCGUGUGGAACUUUUAGUGGAUUUCCAGAUGAGCUCUAUCUCUCAGGAGUUUCUAAAGGAAGCUCUCCUGGACAACACCUACAGCCCUCUCCACCUGACUUGCCAAGAUUUCUACACUUUCCACAGCUUGGUUCAUGGUGAUCUAGAAAUCCUGGCUCUUUUGGACCCUUUAGUACUCCGCAGAGUGGACCUAAGUCAUAGUAUUUUAAUCUUGAUGGAUAUCAGGAACCUUAUGUCACAGAUUACAACCUUCCAAAACUUGCAAAGCUUGAAAUUACCUCAUUUUAAUGAAGAUAUGCAAAGCGGGAAGCACCCUAUGCUGAAGACUGUCAUUGACAUUCUUGCUGCAGAAUUGAGCAAAUUAAAUCACCUCAGGGAGAUUAGUCUACAUAGUAUUUGUCUUUCUCACCAGGUGGAGUAUCUGCUUAGAGGUCUACAAUGCUCCCUGGAGAGCCUUCAACUUUCUUACUGCUCUCUAACAAAUGAAGACUUAAUCUACCUUUCCCAAAGUCACCAUAGCCCCCAGCUCAUAAAGUUGGAUCUUGAAGGCAAUAACAUAACAGAGCAACAAGAUUCAUUCUUGGAACUUCUAAAGUCAGUCUCAAACUCACUGAGGUGGCUGAAUGUGACAAUGUGUGGGAUCAGCGUCACUGACUUUUGUGAAAUUUUGCCCCAUCUAUAUUUCUGUUCCAGGCUCUCUCAUCUUGGUCUAUCUCGCAAUCCCCUAACUAGCUUCAAUAUGUUCUAUUUUGUUGGAUCAUGCCAGCAUAAACUGCCCAAUCUGAAGUUAAUAUCGUUUUCAAUUUUCUUGGAUUGUUGUAAGAACCUGCCCCAGCAUGGUCCUCUUCCUCAGUUACUGGAGGAUUAUCUUGACAAUGACAAAUUUUUGUCGGUCAUGAGAGAAAUGGAGGACACACAAAAAACAAGAGGAGAAUCUGCCAUUGAGUUUACCACAAGUCUUAGCUUUGAUAGGGGUGACUAUUUUGAUCUACGGUAAUACAUUGACUACCAUAAAUGAGAAGAAUCUCAUAGUUCCAUGAUGAUAAUGAUGGUAGUUCAAUUUCUCUUUUUAAGAGAAACUUUUUAAUAAAUUUUAACUAGGAAAGAUAAUCCACUUUGCAAAAUAAGAAAAUGAUCACAUCUGAAACCCGUAGCAUGUUACAAAAAACAGGGAUUUGCUGACAAUUAAGAAAAAAUUUUAAUUACUAUUUUUCAUCUCAAGUUGGAGAUAAUGUACCUCUAGUCAUCAUUUUCAUGAUAUCGUUUUUAAAAACCCUUUCAUAUCUUUCCAUGUUUUUAUGUAUCAUUUAAAAUAAAGCAAUUGUUUA